AUGUACUUACAGCCCUCUACACUUGCUCAGGUCCAGCUGCAAAUGGCGCCAAUAAGCCCCACCGGAACUCGAGCCAGAAGGACGUCGCAGUCGUCGUCGUCCGCUUCGCAGUCGCCACUGGCUAUGGAGCUGGAGCUGGAAAAGAAGAAGAAGAAGCCGAAGCGUCUGUACAAGAAACGCCGAGCGACGCACGCAAUCCGGAGAGAGCAAAAGCUGACGAUGGAGAAGGAGAUCGAGGAGCUACAAGUGAAGCUCGCCGAGAUCAAGUUCCGAGCGCUGCUGUCACAAGGACAAGUGUCCCAGUCGUGCCAUAAACGAGCAGUGGAGAACGCAGUUCUGAGUGAAUGUAUUGAGGACCAACACCUGGUCAUGGCCCACGUGCGAGCGUUAAUGUCGGGCCCUCAACUGCACGACGCAAGUGGCGUGCGACCGAUGAGGACCAGAAUUUGCUUAGGUGCAGACAGAGCAGAGAGGGGACGCCUGCUGCGCGGGUUGCGAAAAGCCAAGCUCCGUCGAGCUAAAUGUUUCUUGCACGAACGGUGUUUCGGGAUCCAGAUGAACACGUCGUACUUCCACGAAGAGAGGUAUGAGACGGUUGAUGGAGACUACUUUAUCACAAGAUUUGAGAUCACGCCACUUCACGGCGUAAAAGGAGGUGUGCGAGCUGUGUAUGAGGCCGUGUUGCAAGCUGCGGUCAAUAUAGAGAUUGUGAUCUCCGAGAUAUCGGGAAAUAUCACGGUGCGUGAAGACGAAGACAUGUGUGACAAUAGCGUCUCGCAGAUGCGACUGGUGUCGCAGACAACACAGGGCGUGCUUUUGGAGAACAAUCUGGUGCAUUUUUCUGAAUAUUUGCAAGGUGAAAGUGACUUCGAUGGCGACGGUGACGGGGGCUAUGCACUUUCAGCGUUGGACUUUGUAGACGAGGAUGCUAUUUAUCCAUACAGACCGCUUGAGCGAAUACGACGUGACGCAACAACGGCCAUGCUGUUAACGUCGUACAGAGAGCCUGGCCCCAAUCAUGACCAAGAGCAGUUGGCGACAGAGGGAGAGCUUGUUGUGGUGAUCACGCGGUGGUCUUGUGUGAAGAUACAUCGUACGGAAAUGGAUGUGUCUCGCGAGGUGCAGCUCGGACUCCGACAAAACUGCGUUCACUCUCAAGAUACUUUUAUGAACUGCGUACGAGAUACACUCGGUCUUUCGGUGGACGCAACAUAG